AUGUUUGAUUUUAAAAUUAGUGAAAUUUUAGUUAAACCACUUAAAGAUGAUUAUGUAUGUGUUAUUUGUAGUGACUAUGUUUUGAAUCACUACCCAAUAGAAUCAUCCCAAGCUCUUUCUUGUAAAAAUGGUCAUUUAAUGUGUAAAUUAUGUUGGGAUAAACAACUAGCAUUAAGAAAAGAAUGUGGGAUAUGUAGAAUAAAAAUAAACUCGAUAGGCGAACUAUGUAGAAAUAUUUUUUUAGAAAAGGCAAUUAGAGGCAAAAAAGUAUACUGUCCGAACUUGUAUACAGAUUUUAGAAUGAACGAUGGCGAAUUGGUAAUAGACGAACAAGGAUGUAAAGAAAUAAUAACGAUAGAUCAAAUCGAAACUCAUUUAGCACAGUGUGAAUAUGGUUUUAUUGGAUGUAAAAAUAGUAUCGAAUGCAAAGCAAAAUUUAGAAAGAACCAUCAAGAAAAACACGAAGAGCAAUGUCAAUAUUCAAUUAUUAAUUGUGAACAUUGUGAGGAACCAGUAGUAAAAGACAAAUAUGCAAAACAUUUAGAAGAUGAUUGUAAUGUGGUAUCAUUGGAAUGUGAACACUGCCAUAAUAAAUACGGUAGACGUGACCUUUUAUCCCAUAUUCGUAACGAAUGCAAAGAGGUCGUUAUAGAUUGCAUUUAUAAAGAUGGUGGAUGCAAUAAACGUAUCAAAAGAUGUGACUUACCAACGCACCUAAAAGAAAAUAACAACCAUAUUUUUUUCAUGCAGACCCUCAUCAACAAACAUAGAAUCGAAACUGAAGAAUCAGAUCGUGUUAUAAAAAAAUUAAAAAAUGACUACAGUGAAUUAGAAAAACGUGUAGAUGUAAAUAGUAGAUAUCGUGGAAGCUGGACAAUUGAAAAUUGGGAAUCAAAACUUGCAACACAUAACAAUAAUGAGCGCUUAAAAAGUCCUUAUUUCAGUGUGGGUUCAAAAAACUUUUAUAUUGGCCUUUAUCCAAAUGGUUUCAAUGAUUCAAAUAACAAUCAUUUUUCAAUUUUUUUACACUUAUACGAAAAACCUUCAUUUUUAUCAACCAAUGUUAAAUUUAGUUUUGAACUUGUAAAUAAUAAUGAUUUAUCAAAAUCACAUAAAAUGGAAAAAACUAAUAUUUAUUCAGAAAACAAAGGAAGUGGAUUUGGUAGAUUUAUAGAAACUAAAUUAGUUAAGGAUUUCGUAACCAAUGAUAAAAUAACAUUUAAUAUCGAUGUAGAAGUCAUACCUUCAGAAAGCAAAUUAUUAACAAAAUAA